UCAGGCACCAUUUUGCAUUGCCUCCUGAAUUGCAUGGUGCAGCAGCAGUGCCUACUGCACGUGAAGUGAUGAUUUCUUAUCAAUAAGCAUGCCUUCGUUAUUUAGGCUCUUCAGCUGGACAGAAAAAAGCAAUGCUGUCAACAUGCAGCAAUGCGGCAUCUGCUGAUUCCAUGAUGAGUUCUAAAACUGAGCCGAACCUUUAUUAUUCAGCUAGGCAAGCACAUUCUGGCCUCUCAUUUUCAUUUUCUGGAAUGACCGGAGAAAGUAGUGUUGGAGAUUACCAAGAUUGUGGAGUAUCCUCAGGGCUUCUUAUGGGUGAGCCACCAUGGUAUCCUUCCCACCCUGAGAAUUCAUUCCCAGCAGUUAGCAGGGAUAGUGCUGUCAUGCGCUACAAGGCAAAGAAAAAGACACGGCAGUUUGAGAAGAAAAUAAGGUAUGCUUCUCGUAAGGCAAGGGCUGAUGUAAGAAAGCGUGUGAAGGGGCGGUUUGUUAAGGCUGGUGAUGCUUAUGAUUAUGACCCAUUGUGCCAAACAAGAAGCUUCUGAGAGUAUAAACUAAACUAUACCUGGAAGGAAAGAAGGAAUGGAUUAAGAUCAACCUGGAAAGUUAAUAUUUUCAGAGAGUUUAUAUGUCCUUGCUUCCCUUUGUGAUGACAAGCUGUAUCAUUGUUCAAAGGGGCAAGGUUGAUCUAAUAAAAAAGGCAGAUGUUAAAGGUGGGCUCUAAAACCACAUGUAGAAAAGUUUUGGUCUUCUGCCAAUAAUGAUGCCACUGUGAGUCUGUGACGAAGACAUUGGAGAUGCCAUUGCCUCCAUGCAACUUGACCUGUAAGGGUCGUAGUUACCUUUCCUUUUCCCUUUCUGUUGGUCAGAACAAGGUCUAAAGUAUCAACAUGAUUCAGCCAAUACCAGCAAUAUGUAUCCUUUUUUGGGCUAAGAUAUAUGAUAUACCAAUUAACUUUUAUAGCAAAUACAUAUCUAAAUACAAUUUUAUGAUAAAUAUAUAUUUUUAAAGUUAUGCAUAUUAAUUAAUAAUAAUGGUUUUUUGUGUAUUUUGGAGUUAUGUUUAAGCAUUCUUGUAAAUUAUCUUAAAAGUUACAUUUAUAUAAAAAUUUAUUAUGAGUAUGUUAGUUUUGCAUUGUAAAUUAUAAUCGGUCCAUGCCCAAUAUGUUGAUUGCAAUGUAUUACGUAACACAAUCUAUUUAAACGUGUUUUUUAUGUGUUAUACAUUAUUUAUAGCCAAUUAAGCUUUAUAAUUUGUGUUAUUGGUGUAUUUUUAAGUUUUAUUGGAUUUUCCUACCAUAUUCGUCCAUAUCUUAACUAUUUCACCAUAUCCUAGUAUUUCCCAAGUAUCUCGAUGCAUCUCUCAAAUUUGUCUUACCAAAACUUUUUGUGAUGCUGAUGCUUUGAACCUUAUAUUUGGCCCUUACCAGAAAUCCAGCUGCUACCACCCACCAUCAUGGCCAUAUUUAUUCUUCUAUACCUUUCUUUUGUGGGUUCUCUUCCCUGUUUUUCUUAUUGGAUAUCCGCUGUUACACUAUGUCAAGAUGUUUGAGAUAUCUGCUGCCAGGUGGAUGGAAAUACGUUGUUAGAUGAUCAACUGUGUAGAACAGGAUCUUCUAUGCAUGUUAUUACAGAUAUAUUUUAUGUCAAAGGGGACCAUCAAUCAUGUAGGAUAAAAAACUGUAAAAGGGGGAAAACAAACUGGUUCUGUAAAUUUGGAGUCUUAUUGGCACUUUGAGAACUAAGUGCUCUUGGAUGUGUUAAAUUCUCAAAUUUAGUCAGUGCCUGUUCUGUAAAUGCAUUUAAUGCUAAAGAUUAUCUUUAUCAGUAUUGAUCUCAAUGAAUUUCUUUAGUGAUAUUUGAUGUUAUCUAUGCUUUUAUGAA